AUGGCGUCGUCCAAUGUGAUGCCUUCUUCCAACUCGAGAAACUCGGAUCUGUCUCGUCGUAAUUCUUCCGUUUCUCCUCCUCCCAUAAAUCUUAACCAGCUGAACCGAGAUUCGACCGUCUACCGGUCGAGGAUAAGCGGCGGCUACGGCAGGUUGAACGACGGAUUUGGUUCCGCGAUGACAGUAGAUGGGAUUCUGCGGGACGUUUUACGUUACGGAACCUCCGUCAUCGCUGGCGGCGGGGGCAGCGGAGUCUACGCUUUGGGAUGCGUCUAUUACAUUUCGCCGGUGAAGAUGUCGGUUAACGUUGAGCGGAAUGGCUGCGGGAUCACCGGAGGAGCUGCGAGUGGGGCGGAGACGCGGGAGAAGAGUGCGGAUGACGUUCGGAGAGAGAUUGUGUCCGGGGAGAGGAAAGCGAUGUAG